GAUGAAUUUAGAUUGUUUGAAUGAUUCAUUGCCCAAGUAUGGUGUCUUGUGAAUGAAGUCCAAUGGAAUAUAGAAAUGAAUUUAUUAGUAACGGGACUGGGCCAUGCAAUUAUAAAGGUGAUUUUAUUUUUCAUCUUAAACCUGGAUAUGUUGGGAGAUUCCAAAGAGAUUUCAUCGGAGGAGUUUUUUCAUGACAACAUGUUUCCGUUCUUUGACACGCCAACUACUCAGAAACCAUCUUUUGACGAAGCUGUAGAACAGUUUUUCGGCGAACGAGAAGAUGAUAAGUUCUUCAAGAAGGAGGAGGACAUGUUCGAAAUAAUGAGAGAAAAUGAAGAGUUCUUUUUCAAAGAGAAAAGCAAGCCUGUGAAGUUGGCGGUGAAUGAUUCCGUUACGGUUUCCCAGAGAAGCAAGUUGUGUAACUGUCACGAUGUGUACUGCGGAUGUUGCUACUCCGUCAAGCUGUUUGGGAGGGAAAAAUUUAAAGGCUGCAUGGAGAUGGAGUAUGUAAGCAGGGAUUUUGCCAUCUUCAUGACCUUCAGCAUCAACGGACACAUAAUCAUCACACGAGUGCUUUCAGGCCGCAACCCGCUGCCAUUCUGCAGUUCGACGCCGUACAUUCCCCUCGUCAGUUUCUGCAUCCGACUUUACGACAUUCACCACAAUCCUAACGGACUCAGUCUCUGCAUGCGACUCGAGGCCACAUCCAUGCGGCGGAUACUCUUCUCUAUCAGUUUUGACUGUAUCAAGAUAGACAACCAUAGAAUUUCCUUCUACAUGCCGCCCAACGCUACCACCUUUGGUGUGGUGGGCUUUCAUCUCGGGGACACAGACCCUUAUAUUUCGUAUCAAGACUGGACAAAGCUACACAUCCCUUUGCCAGAGAUCACCCCGGCACCACCCCCACCAAAACCUACGUAUAAACAUCAUCUACUCUGGCUACAUUGGUGAAUCAAAUCAAAAUUGUGACGUUAUUGGUGAUGGCUUUAGGUUUUUAAGGUGUUCUUUGACGCAUUAAUUAUUUCUUCCACAUACAAGCCAUUAAGUGUGAGAAUCCAAGAAUCUUAAACAAGUUUUAUAGUUUAAUUAACUAGUUUAACAAGUUUAACUAUAGUCUAUAGUUUACAGCCCAAAAGAAUGUUUCAGGGGGAUCUGCUUUGCUCAGCAAUUUAGCUCUCAUAAUCUGAAUCAUUAACGAAUGUAUCUAUCAUUAAAACACUCAACUCCUAAAAAUCCGGCCCUUAGAGGUAUGUUUUUAACCUUUGAAUAAUAGGUUUUGAUCAACAACUAAGGUUAAUCAUAAUAUUAAAUAGACCAUUUAUAGAAGUAGGAAAUAUUAUUUUAGUACAGUUAAAAGUUCUGUUUCACCAAUUCAAGAUAAAGUUAAAACAUACAAGUAUUACAAGAAAUGCUGUGGACUUGCAUUUCUUAGGCUUAUGCAGCUAAGUGUUGGAAAUAGAAUUUA